AUGUUAGCAACUGAUUCAGUAAUUCUGUCUGUGGUACGUUCACUAAUUCCAUGUAAAUACGUCUUAUACAUAUCAUCACACACAAACACGAGACUUCUUGGUUCCAGCAAAAUGGAGAUGGUUAAAACAGAGACAGGGACUUCCAAAAGGUUACCAAGACACCUUAGACAUGAGGACAUUCCUUCCCACACAUUUACCCCCAGGACAUACCAGGUGGAACUCCUUGAUGCAGCAUUGCAGAGGAACACCAUUGUUUGUCUUGGAUCAAGUGCAGGGAACACAUUUAUAUCUGUGAUGCUUCUGAAAGAGUUUUCCGGUGAGCUUAGAAAAGAGCUACAAAAUGAAGGGAAAAGAAGUGUAGUCUGUCUCAACUCUGAUGAUGCUAUGCAAGAAAUGUCACAAGUCAUCAAACAUCAUAGUGAUCUUGGUGUAGUCCCAUUACCAGAAAUGUUUGAAGAUGAAUCAAAAUUAAGAAAACUGCUUAAUGAACAUCAAAUCCUGGUAACAAAGCCUGCAGUGUUCAAUGAUUUACUGCUGAAAAGUAUCCUUCUACCAGCUCAACUAAGUCUAGUCAUAUUGGAAAACUGUCACCUUAUUCUUCAGCAAGACCACCCCUACCAAAACAUUAUGAAAAAAAUAAAUGACUUUGUCCCCAGAUUAUCUUCACCUAGAAUCCUGGGUUUGACUUCUUCAUUUAUUAGUCAAAAAUGUCAAGAUCCAGGAGAAUUGGAAAGCAUCAUCAAGUCUUUAGAAGAUGAUCUUUGUGCCAGGGCAGAGACGGCCACUCUAGUUAUAGCAGAGAGGUAUGGGAUCCGACCUAAGGAAAAUCUGACAUACUGUGAUAACUACGAAGAUGAGACUGGUACUCUGUUAAUGUUGGAUGACGUGUUAACUAAUGCUCUGGACUUUUUGAAGGAGUGCAAUAUGGAAGAUGAAGAGGAUGAUGACCGUGAUCCUAAAGAUAUUCCCAUCUUCGUCUUCACUGAAUGUCUCAAUAUCCUUUACACAUUAGGCCCAUGGUGUGCAUCAUGCAUUGCAAGCAUGUUCAUCAAUCAGAUAGAAAAGGUGGAUAAGCAUGAAACAGUUCCAAUUCAUAAGAAAUUCCUAAGAUAUUGUUUAACACAGUUAAGGAUAGUGAACACUUUGUUUGAACAAAACUUUACACCUAAUUAUGAUGUAGAGGAGUUACUGCAGUAUUCCACACCCAGAGUUUAUGAAUUGAUUAAUCAUUUACGUAAAUACAAGCCAGAGUAUGAUUUCAUGAUUGUGAGUAGUGGGGGUGACAUGGAUGGGUUUAUGGGGAAUGGGGAUGAGGGGGGUCGAGAUGGAGAUAGUGAUGAUGAUGAAUCGGAAAUGUCUGAUGAUUCGAUGAUCAUGUCAGAUGAGGAAACCUCUGACAGAUCAUACAAAGGGAACAUUCUCCAUAUUGCUGUUAAAAGGGAAUUAGAUAAUGAGAACCAGCAAAAACCUUUAGAUCCUUUGAAUUUGGACAAUGAAAAAUACCUGUGUGGCAUUGUCUUUGUUGAUCAUCGCUAUGUUGCCCUAGCCAUCAAUAAAUUCUUAGAAGAAGUGUGUUCCUGGGAUGAAAAUCUGUGUUUUGUGAAGAGCCAGCAUUUAACUGGACAAGGAUUGAAAGACAAGAAGUCUAAGAAAGGGGGAUGGAAGAAACAGGAGGAAGUUCUGAGGAAAUUCAGGCUACAAGAUCUUAAUUUGUUAGUUUCCACAACUGUUUUGGAGGAUGGAAUUGAUGUUCCCAAAUGUAAUCUUAUCGUCAAGUUUGACCCUCCUCGAACUUACAAGUCAUACAGUCAGUCAAAGGGGCGAGCCAGGGCAAGAGAUUCGGAGUAUGUCAUCCUGGUUGAGGAGAACAAAAGAGAGACCUUCAUAAAGGAAUAUAAUGUGUUCAAGGGAAUAGAAAGUGUGUUGGUAGGCAGGAGGAAUGGGGAUGAGGAUUUAGAUGAUGAAGAUCAUCCUUGUGAGGAAUUAUCCUCAUUUUUACCUCCAUACAUUCCAAACUCAGAUAAUCCUCAAAUCUGUGUUACCAUGGAUACAGCUAUUGCUUUUGUUAACAGGUAUUGUGCAAAGUUACCCAGUGAUGCCUUCACCCACCUGACACCAAAGUGUACAAUGCUGGAGACCCUCAGUGAGGAUGGUACAUUGUACACUGCCACCCUGAAUCUCCCUAUUAACUCCCCUUACAAACACUCUAUCAAGGGAGAACCAAUGCCAACAAAGAAUCUUGCCAAGAGAGCUGUAGCUCUAAAGCUGUGUGAAUGUUUACAUAAAGCAGGGGAACUGGAUGAUCAACUGAAUCCUGUGGGGAAGGAAGUCUUCAGCCUGGAGGAGGAGGAGGAGAUGUCUGAGGUGGAAGAUGGGGACGAUUUCAGUGGAGAGGGAAGACCAGGUACCACCAAAAGAAAACAGUACUAUUUCAAGAAGUUAGCUUCCUCAUUAUUAAAAAGCCAUCCCACAGCAGAGAAGUGCAUUCUGUAUAGUAUAACACUGAAUUUGAGCAAACCAAUCUCAGAUGAACAAAACACUCGAGGUCGAAAAAUCUGUGCCCCUGAGGAGACUUUGAGAGGUUUUGGAAUUCUUACAUCCAAUCAGAUUCCUCAGGUGCCAACAUUCCCUGUGUAUACUAGAUCAGGGGAGGUAACUGCUUCCAUUGACCUCCUCAGCAGUUAUGUUCCUUUGUCUGAGGAGGAAUUGGUAAGAUUAAGGGAGUUCCACAGGUUCACAUUCACCAAUGUUCUUCGUCUGGAGAAGGAUCCGAUGGAGUUUUGUCCUGAGGAGAGUGAACUGGGAUACCUCAUUGUUCCACUUAAUAAAGAUGGCGAGGGCAAGGUAAUCAUUGACUGGGCCUUUGUCAAAGAAGUGGAAGAGUCCAAAUCCCAUGUCAGAAGGAAUAUUUAUGACUCAAAGAGAGAACAAUUUAUUUUUUCUAAAGAGAACUAUGAGGAUGCCGUGGUGAUGCCCUCUUAUCGCAAUGUGGACCAACCUCAACAUUUUUAUGUCGCUGAAAUCAGGUCUGACCUUAAUCCAUCUUCCCCAUUUCCCUCCCCAGAGUUAUACAAGACAUUUAGCGCCUACUACACAACCAAGUACGGUUUGACAAUCACAAACUUGGAUCAACCCUUGUUGGAUGUGGAUCAUACCUCUGCCAGAUUAAAUCUGCUGACUCCUAGGUACAUGAAUCAGAAGGGAGUAGCCCUCCCUACAAGCAGUGCAGAAACUAAGAAAGCAAGGAGAGAGAAUCUACAACAAAAACAAAUUCUUGUCCCAGAACUCUGUGAAAUCCAUGUCUUCCCUGCAUCACUUUGGAGGAAAGCAGUGUGUUUGCCUACUAUUUUGUACAGAUUGAACUACCUCCUUGUGGCAGAUGAAAUCCGCAUGAAAAUUGCAGAGGGCACUGGUAUAGGAUUGGUCAAGUUGGAAGAGGGUUUCAGGUUUCAACCAUUAGAUUUUGGAUUUGAUCCCAAGGAAGAAAUGGAAGAGGGUGAAAGCAGCAAUGUGUGCAGUGGAGCAAUGAACAAUGACACAGAUGAAAUGGAAGAUGAUAAAGUUAUAGAAAAACCAAUGAAUGGUUGUGAUUCACAAACUUCUAGUCAUAUUGAUUGUGAUAACACAGGGUUGUUCUCUGUAGAGAAUGAGUGUGAUACAAAGAAAGCAAGCUGUGAUACAAAACAAAAUAUCAAUGCAGCAUUCCAAAACAAAAAGGCAGCUAAUGAUGACUGUGAUAUUCAGGGUAGUAUGUCUGACAACUCAAAACAUGGCAAAAAUGGAUUUUUGAAACAUAAUGAUGAAUGGGGCAAAACUUUGCAGGAUCAAAGUUCUUGUAAAUGUUGGGAUAAAGUUCAUAUAUCAGAUAAAGCACUUAAUGAGCUUACAACAGAAUUGAAUGAAAUGAAUAUACAUAUCACAAAUAGUCCAUCAAAGAACAAUCCCAACGAACCCAUUUUGAGUGACUUUCCAGAUGUUGGGGUAUUCAGACUUUCAGAGAAGCAGGGCAAAGUUUCUCCCAAGACUGAAGAUUCCAAUGUGGAUGUGAAUUUUCCAGUUCUGUCUAUUUCUUUAGAUGAGGAAGUAGACUUGAGUACAUUUGUGGGACCAAGUCCCUGUACCAUAUUGCAAGCUCUAACCAUGUCUAAUGCAAAUGAUUUUUUCAGCUUGGAAAGACUAGAGACAAUUGGAGAUUCCUUUCUGAAGUAUGCUAUUACUGUGUAUUUGUACUGUACUUAUCCGGGCAUUCAUGAAGGAAAACUGAGUUACUUGAGAAGUAAGCAAGUCAGUAAUUGUAACCUGUACAGACUUGGUAAAAGAAAAGGAUUUGCAGAAUGCAUGAUUUCCACCAAGUUUGAACCUUAUGAAAAUUGGCUGCCUUCAGGCUAUGUCAUCAACGAUGAUAAGAGGAAAGGUCCAGUCCCAAAAGUCCUUCUGAUCCGAAACAAUCUUGGCCAGCUAGAAAAGGUCAAAGAGAGCAGCCUCAUUGAAUCUUACUGUCAGGAAAAUGCCACCUUGAACUGGGUCCCCAAACUUGUAGAUGUGACAGAUGAUCCAAAUAGCAACACAGUGGGAGGAGGAAUUAAUCCUGAAGAUGGCAGUAAACAUCAUUCAAAUGAGGACCAGGAGGAGUUUGAGAAUCAGCUUCGGGAGUUGGAGGCUUUACCUGAGAGAGUGAGGCAGGAGGAGAAGGACCAGGUGGUGAUCCCCUACAAUCUGCAGACUCUUCAUAGCAUCCCUGACAAGAGUAUUGCUGACUGUGUAGAAUCCCUUAUUGGCUGCUAUCUCACUUCCUGUGGUAAAAAAGCAGUGUUGAAGUUCAUGCACUGGUUGGGAUUGAAAGUUUUGCCUCAGAAGAAAAAGGGAUCAAAUGAAGAGGCUGAGUUGCUGAGUCUGCAGUGUCCAGAAUCUCCAUUACUAACUCAUGUGCCUGGUUAUGAGUCAAUUCUGUGCCGCCUGCUAGAGGGAUAUGAUGCCUUGGAGCAGAAGAUAGGAUAUGAAUUUAAGGAUAAAUCAUAUCUUCUGCAAGCCUUUACACAUGCCUCUUAUCAUUACAACACAGUCACUGACUGCUAUCAAAGGUUGGAAUUUCUUGGUGAUGCCAUUUUGGAUUAUGUCAUCACUAGGCAUUUAUAUGAAGACUCCUGUAAAUAUUCACCAGGCGUGCUCACUGACCUUAGGUCAGCGUUGGUCAACAACAACAUAUUUGCUGCCCUGGCUGUCAAGUGGGACUUUCAUAAGUACUUCAAGGCCAUAUCUCCUCCUCUAUUUGGAGUCAUGGAGAAAUUUGUGGCCAGACAGAAAGAACGUGAAGAUGAAAUUGAUCUCAGUGAUGAUGAGGGGGAAGGAGAAGAUGAGGAGCAUGUGGAACUAGAGGUACCUAAAGCUCUAGGGGAUAUAUUUGAGUCAUUAGCUGGAGCUAUCUACCUGGAUAGUGGAAUGUCCUUGGAUACAGUGUGGAGAGUUUACUAUCGCAUCAUGAAACCCCAGAUAGACAAGUACCUGAAAAGCAUUCCAAAGUCUCCUGUUCGUGAAUUGUUGGAGAUGGAACCAGAAACAGCUAAGUUUGAAAAACCAGAGAGAACAUUAGAGGGCAAGAUAAGGGUGACCGUCAAUGUGGUAACCAAAGGAGUGUUUACAGGAGUCGGUAGAAACUACAGGAUUGCUAAAAGUGCCGCAGCUAAAAAAGCCCUGCGAUCUAUCCGGGCCAUGCAGGCUGGUGGGCUUAUCUAAUAAUAGAAUUAUUGGUGCUUGAUAAACAGAUAAAGGUCAUGCAGGAAUAUGACCAUAUGUCAAAAUUUCUUAUAGUGCAGUAUCAUUCAUAAAGGGAAAUGUGCAAUUGAUAUUCUCUAUUGGAUAUAUGCAAUACACAUGACUUAGUGCUCAAAAUCUUUAUAUGCAUGUAUCAAAUUUAUACUGGUGAAAAAAAUGAUACCAUCACUUAAUAAUUUUGCCAAAAAUGUAUCUGAGGGUUGUUUUAGGUCUGUUAAUUACUCAUAAAUUUGAAUAAAUUAUUUGCUAUCCUGCAAUAGAUAACGGUAAAAGUUUAUGGCAGUGCAGAUGUGAAAAUUUCCAUUUCUAGUGUUCAUUGGCUGGCAUAAUACUUAAUGCAAGUUAAUUGUGUGUAAACAAGUUUACAUUGUAACUAUCAUAUUGCUGCCCAACAUAAUAUGAUGUUCUUGUACAACUUAUUUGUUCACUGCCUGUCUGUCAUUUAUAUAUUGUCUGAUUUUCCAAAGUUUCAAGUCAGCUAAUUAUAAUCUGAUGAAAUACCAUAUUAUACAAUUAGUUAUAUCUUCAGCACCUAUUUUGCAAAUACAUGUAAUGAUCAAAGACUUAUUAUUUUAACUACAGAUGUGAAAUAAUGAUAGAUACAUGUAGAUUUAGAAAAUGUGUGGAUUACAAUCUGUUUAGGUUAGAAAAUUCAUUUUCAGUUCACUUACGACAUAAAUUUUUCAUGUAUUUUCAGCAAUCAAUUUUCAUAUAUUUACAUUCCUUGAGAUUUUGUAAAUGUACCUGACUUUGUUAAUUAGGGCCCAACAAGGAUUUGCAGGUGCCCUACAGUAAUCUGUCUGUCUGUGUAGCAUAAAUUCUAGCUGUUUUCCCAAAUGUUUUUGAUUGGGGGGAUAUAUGUAUCUAAAAAAUUUUUUUCACAUUAUUCCUCAUUAAAAAUAUAUAUUAAGUUUCCUUUUUUUAUUUUGUUUAUUAUCAAAUUAUCACAACCCUCCAAGCCUAUCUUUAGAUAUAUACAGUGUACCAGUGUACCUAGCAUCUUGCAGCGGUCCCUUGAUGACUGGUCAGUUUCUGGAUGGCAUAGUGAAUAGAACUUUUCAUAAGGUCAUUUAUUUAACUACACUUCUUAAAUAUAUGACCAACAUUGUUAAUAACUAAUGCAUGUCAUUAGGAUGAAUAAAGUUUUUUUUUUAUAUUUCAACUGUGAAAUGCUGCAAUUUAUCCUUGAAUGAAAAUGAUAUUUCUACAGGUGUUAUUUUUAUAGAAGUGUUAUUUUCAAAGCAUGAAAAUAACAUUUGCAGCAAAAACUUUCAAUUUUCCUUCCCUUUAUAAAAAGUUUUAAAUAAAAUAUACCUAUAUAUAGCAGGAGUGAAUAACCCAUCCUUGCAAUGACUAAAAUGCCAAAGUUUCUUUAAUUUGUUAAAAUCCAUGUUUAAAUCUUUAAUCUCACAACCACUUAGAUAUAACAUAGUCUACCAUCAAAGAGAGAGCUAAUACAUUGUAGGCAAUAGGACCAAAAGGAAAACCAAAGUAAAUAAACAGAAAGUUCAAUGUUUUCUUAUUGGAUUUAGAAUUUAUUUCACUUAUGAAACAGGAUUUUUUUUUAUACAUGCAUGCACUCACCUGGAAAAAAUCUAUAUAAAACUGGAAAUUGCAAAACUACAGGCAAUUUAACAAAACAUACAGUACAUGGUUCUUUGUGAAGAGUUUAAACUGAAUUGCUUUAGUUACUUUACCAAAACAAACAUCCAUGCUCAUUAAAAUAGUUCGUGUUGUGUAACAGCAUGUAUUAUUUUGUAAUUUUAUUUCUUAAAAUUUCCACUUGGUGCUGCAUUUUUUGCUAAAACUGCAUAUCAAGCCUUUGCAUGCUCAACCCUCAUUCCCAUCAUUAUGUGAUGUUAAUUUGUAUACAGGGUUUUUUUUCUUUCAGUACAUGUACUUUUAAACUAUUUCUAGAUUAAAUAAAGAAGUCAAAUUC